ACAUCGACGUUUUCGGUCACCGGGCGGGACCUCGUGAUGUCACAAUAACUUCCCAGACAGCACAAUGUCCAAAAUCGAGACGUAAGACGUCUUAAAAUUGUGUCGUCUGGGUCUCGUGAAUUUUCUACAUUCCUUUGCGCCCCGAUGGAAAACUAAUGGAAGAUCCCGUCGUAAAUCGAGGGGGUAGAGAAUAGCCGGGGGGCUAACGGCGCCGCCGUCGGCACGUGCUCCAAUUCUUACGACCGAAGGAAGAUUAGUUAUCAGCGAGGAUCUCGGGCACGAGGACACCACGUGCGCGAGGGUGUACUGACGGCGGGAACGGUGUACCUUCUCGGAGACGGGGAUCGAUAACCGGGGCGACGGGAGGCGGGAACUGCGGGAAGGAGAGUCGCGUAUAUAUCGACGAAGCAUUUCGUUCCCUUUCGCUGGGUAUUGCCGCCGACCUGGCCGAAGGAUGCUUCGCGCGCAUGCACGCCGCGGAGCGUUUUCCUUCGACGAUGACAGAUCGAACGAGCAGUCGCCACCGAAAGUGUUUCGCGGAGCGCGCGCGCGAAACCGAUCUCCGCUUCUCUCUCGCCGCUCCGCUCGGCCGAUUCGUGGGGCCGCGCGUCUCUCUCGUCCCGUGUAAUUGUCUCCUCUUGGCGUGUCCGUCCCGUCGUCGUCUUCACGCUCGUUUCCACGCUCGCGCCACGCUUGGAUCCCCCGUGUGGCCGCCUCGAUCGGUCGAUGCGCUCGAUAUCGAUGUGGAUGUCGAACAUGGUGCAAAAGUCGGACAGCGGAAACGACGCCGCCGGCGAGGCCGGUCGCCGCGUGCACGCGAGUUCGAUCGACGACGAGUCGUUCGCCACGACCUUGACGCAUUAAAGGAAUUGCCACAUUGCGAAUGUGCGUCGAAACGCGAUCGAAAUGUCGUUUUUUGGACGGAAAAUGGGCGGUGGCGGAGGCGGGGGCGGCGGGGGUUCCGAGCAUACCGGUCAUAACUUGCAGGACGGCCUAUUUCAAAUUGCAUCGCAGGCCUGUCACAUCCUCGUGCAAGUGAAUAAUACGCACAACGUUUCUUACGGAGGUAGCAAUAAUGUGAAUAACAUCGCGUAUUCGAAGUACUCGACGGCUGGCGACUCCACCGCUCCGACGACAUCGUCAUCGACGAAAGGGGCGACCGCAGCCAAACCGUAUCCGAAGUACGCGGAGCCUCGGGACAAGGACCAGGACGUGGUGGUGUUGUUGCCGCAUCGCAAGAACAGAGCACCGCGACUCAAGCACAAAUUAUCGACCGUUUCCGAAAACGCACGGCUGGAUGUGAACUCCCCAGGAGGUGACGACGAUUUAGAGUUAUGGGAUCAGACCGGAUUUAUGUUGAGAACCAACGUGGACUAUCCUCUCACGAAUUCAAAGUGGGGCGCACAGGGUUGGUGCAGACCCAGUUGCAUACCGAUAACGAUCAUACUGAUUCUGAUCGUCCUGGUGGUGCUUUUGCCACUGUUGGACCAUGCGGCGGACAAAUAUCUAAAUUCCACCGCGUUGGAUUCGGAAUCGACGUGCAUGGAUUAUUGUAACAUAUCUCUAGUGGAAAGUAUACCUAUCGGCUUGAAUUAUAACAAUAAUACGCCGCAGCAUGAAACGACCUACGAUUCUUGGAUGGAUCUUAUCGGAAUGGCGCAGGACACCAUCGAAAUCGCGUCCCUUUAUUGGACAAUGAAAAGAGAAGAUGUGUUUCCCGAUGACAGUGCUAAGAUGGGAGAACAGGUGUUCCAGUCGCUGUUAGAAGCCGGAAGAGAUAGACAGAUCAAGCUAAAAAUUGCGCAGAAUCUUCCUUCUCGCUUGUCUCCGAACGUCGAUACGCAAAUUUUGGCCAAAAAGGCUAAAGCACAGGUGAGAAACUUGAAUUUUGCUGGAUUGUUGGGCGGCGGGGUACUUCACACGAAACUCUGGCUCAUCGACCGUACUCAUCUGUACGUCGGCUCGGCAAAUAUGGAUUGGAGAUCUCUUUCGCAAGUGAAGGAACUCGGUUUGAUAGCUUUGAACUGUUCCUGCUUAGCAAACGAUUACGCCAAAAUAUUCGAUGUAUACUGGAAGUUAGGCGAGGACGGUAAAGUGCCUUCCACAUGGCCAGAUUCUCUUAGCACAAAGAUAAAUAUAGAUAAUCCUAUGAAUUUUACAUACAUGGAUAAUAAGUACAAAUUAUUUAUCGCAAGCUCACCUCCGCCAUUUUCGCCGAAAGGUAGAAGUAGCGAUCUAGACGCGAUUGUGCACUGUAUUACUAAAGCGGAAAAGUUUAUUUAUAUCUCUGUGAUGGAUUAUUUCCCGUUAACGAUAUAUACUCCACAAAUAAAGUAUUGGCCUACAAUAGAUAACGCUCUAAGGGCGGCGGCAAUCGAACGUAAAGUAAAAGUGCGUCUUUUGAUCUCUUGGUGGAAACACUCUAGACCGUCGGAGUCCUAUUUUCUUAAAUCACUGCAAGACUUAACGUACAGUUAUCCCAAUGUCAAAGUCGAAGUGAGAAGGUUUAUCGUACCCACCAACUCGUCUUUGGAUAAAAUACCAUACGGGAGAGUGAACCACAAUAAAUACAUGGUCACCGAUAUAGCAGCUUAUAUCGGAACGAGCAAUUGGUCGGGCGAUUACUUUAUUGACACGGCUGGUAUCGGCACCGUGUUUGAAAGCGUUGGACAUCAGAGCAACGACAACAUAAGACAACAGCUGGAAAAUAUCUUCCACCGUGAUUGGUAUUCCAACUAUUCUUUUCCGUUAAAUAUAAGCGAGACUCGUCCUGAAAACUCAUGGGACUUAUCGAGAAAUUCAUUUCAACAAUCAUAUGAACCUUAUAUACAUGUAUAAUUAUGCCACGCAUAAUCGCGCAUACACAGCGGUCAUUUUUAAUCAUGAAACAUUUAUCGUGUUGAUUUGAUCGAGAAGAGUUUAUUCUAAACGGGACAACUAAAAUUAUUUUAUGUAUGUAUUUCUUUAUUAUAUUCUAACCGUAUUAUGCUCUUUUUGAUUUUAAAUAUUUUUGUAAAUAUUUUUUAAAAUUUUCAUAAAUCUUAGACUCUACGCAAACAGUGGAUCAUUGUAAUAUUGGAAUUUAUCGUUACAUAUAUAUGUUGCUGUUUACUUGUGUGUUUAUAUAUAUUAUACAUGUAGCAUAAUAUGAAGCUAUUUAGUGAUAAGAAAGUAAAUUACGAUAUUUUGUAGCGCUAAAACUAUUACAGCGCUAAGUUUGCUAUACCUAGUGACAUAUAAAUCAAUAUUUUGUCUUUUA